AUGACUACCCGCUACCGUGUCGAGUACGCCCUCAAGUCACAUCGCCGUGACCAACUGAUUGAAUGGAUCAAGGGCCUUCUUGCAGUUCCCUUCGUUCUGCAUUCGCAACCCACUGCUGCUUACAAGGAAAACAGCCCCAACCUCGCACAUCUUGCCGAACGGACACAUAAUAGAUAUGUUGAGAUUAUGCGGGAUGUUGAACAUCUGAUCAAUGACCACAUUGAACUCCAGAAAACGGGAGCUAGCGGAAAAUCUACAUUGAAACUGCUAGUUCCCUCUGUUGGUACCUUCUUUACGCCACUACUGCUGGAAGAUGCCUUCAUAUACCAGGAUAACAAGAGGUUUAUUAGUCACAGACGAUUUGUGCCUCCGUCAUUCAAUGAUAUCCGUCUCACGCUUAAUACUGCUCAGUUAAUGGGUCUUGUUCGCCGUAGUGAAGUCCAGCUGAUUACGUUUGACGGAGAUGUAACACUCUAUGAUGAUGGGUGUUCUCUCACGGCAGAUAACCCAGUUGUGAAGAGGAUAAUACUUCUCUUGAAGCAAAACAAGAGAGUCGGUAUUGUGACUGCUGCCGGAUACUCUUCUGCUGCAAAAUACAAAGAGCGCCUCGAGGGCCUCCUGGAAGCUAUCAAGGACUCCGCUGACCUCAGCGUUAAGCAAAAGAAUCAUCUCAUUAUUCUUGGAGGCGAGAGCAACUUCAUGUAUGAAUUUGAUCCUCAGUCCCCCGAUCUGCUCACCUAUAAGCCCCAGAGCGAGUGGCAGCUGGAUGAAAUGAAGCAGUGGAACGAUGAGGAUAUCAAAGAGUUACUAGACAUCGCGGAGGCCGCGUUGCGAGACUGUGUCAGUAACUUGAGGCUCCCCGCUGCAAUUUUGAGAAAGGAGAGGGCCGUGGGUAUAUAUCCGCUCGAGGGACAUCGAAUGCAUCGUGAGCAACUGGAGGAGACUGUUUUGGUGGCGCAGCAAACUAUUGAAACAUCUGAGGUUGGCAGGCGCCUUCCAUUUUGCGCAUUCAAUGGUGGAAGUGAUGUCUUUGUAGAUAUUGGGGAUAAAUCGUGGGGUGUCCUUGCUUGCCAGAAGUACUUCGGUGGCAUUGAUAGAUCCAAAACUCUGCAUAUAGGAGACCAGUUCCUUUCUGCUGGGGCAAAUGAUUUUAAGGCACGACUUGCAUGCACCACUGCGUGGAUAUCUAAUCCUGGUGAAACAGUUCAACUACUUGACGAACUCGCCGUUCUGGAACAGGGUGCUAGGGCGUGA